GUGGCGGCUGUCAUCGCAUUGCUGUCUUAGUUUACUCAUUAUACGUUCCAGUUUUGAUAGCAGGUAGUAGACACUUCAUUCAUUGUGUCUCUACCCUGUCGUUGAACACUCAUUUUUUCCCCUUAAUUACAUUGAGAAGAAGUAUAGCCCAGGGAGAGGGCCGCCGCCGAGAUGCCGCCAAAGAAAGGAGCAGAUCAGGCAAAGAAGAAGAAGACGACGGUGGAGGAUAAGACUUUUGGCAUGAAAAAUAAAAAAGGAGGAAGUGCCCGCCGACAAAUAGCCCAACUCGAAGCCCAAGCCAAACACAACAAAAAUGCCGACGAAAAACGCAAAGAAGCCGAAAAGGCCCGUCGAGCCGCCGAAAAGGCCGCCGAAGAACAAGCCAAACGUGAAGCCGCCGAACUCUUCAAACCCGUUCAAGUCCAGAAAGUCCCCUUUGGCGUCGACCCCAAAACCGUGGUGUGCCAAUUCUAUAAACAGGGACAUUGCGAAAAGGGGAAGAAAUGUAAAUUCAGCCAUGAUCUUAGCGUGGAACGGAAAUCGGCUAAGAGGGAUUUGUAUUCGGAUACGAGAGAUUCGGAUGCUGCUAAUGGUGGUAAAGAGAAGGAUACGAUGGAUCAGUGGGAUGAGGCUAAGCUGCGAGAUGUGGUGUUGAGUAAACAUGGGAAUCCGCGCACAACGACAGAUAAAGUUUGCAAGUAUUUUAUUGAGGCGGUUGAGAAUCAGAAAUAUGGUUGGUUCUGGACGUGUCCGAAUGGUGGUGAUAAGUGCAUGUAUCGACAUGCUCUGCCUCCUGGAUUCGUGCUCAAAACAAAGGAGCAACGUGCCGCCGAAAAGGCACUAAUGGAGAAAUCACCCAUGCACACCCUGACCCUAGAAGAUUUCCUCGAAUCCGAACGACACAAGCUCACCGGUACACUGACGCCAGUGACACCAGAGACCUUUGCCGAAUGGAAGAAGAAACGACUCGACAAGAAGGCCGCCGAGGAAGAAGCUCGCAAGGCCAAGGAGGCUACUGGUCGUACGCUUUUCGAGUCUGGCAACUGGCGUACUGCUGGUGACAGUGAAGAGGAAUCGGAUGAAGAGGAUGAUGAAGAUGGGGCGUGGAAUUUGGAGGCGUUGCGGAAAGAGACUGAGCGGUUACGCAUGGAGAAGGAAGAGGAGAGAUUGGCGAAAUUGCAUGGUCUUUCUACGGGGGAGACAAUUGGUGAAGCGGUUGCAGUUGACGGGGAUGGUUAGAUUGAUAAGUUUACAUGUUGAUGAUUUAUGCAUUGAGCCGGUUAUUAAAA